AGAGCCCUGGGUUACUGCUAAAACUAUGAUCUUCACACUGCUUUUGGCUCUCAACUUCUUUUCCUCAGUUCAAGUAACAGAAAACCAGAUUUUUGUGACGCAGUCACCCAUGCUUGUUGUGUACAACAAUGCGGUCAACCUUACCUGCACGCAUACUCACAACAUCUUCUCAAAGGAGUUCCGGGCAUCCCUAUAUAAGGGAGUGGAUAGUGCUGUGGAAGUCUGUGUUGUGAGUGGAAAUCAAUCCCAUCCGUCUCAGCCUCAGUCAAAUACGGGAUUCAACUGUGAUGUGAAAUUGGGCAAUGAAACAGUGACAUUCUACCUCUGGAAUUUAUAUGCUAAUCAAACGGAUAUUUACUUCUGCAAAAUUGAGGUUAUGUAUCCUCCUCCUUACAUAGACAAUCAGAAGAGCAAUGGAACCAUUAUCCAUGUAAAAGAGACACAUCGUUGUCCAGUGGCACCUCCUGCAUCUACUACAAUAUUUUGGAUACUGGUGGUGGCUGUUGGGGUCCUGUCUUUUUAUAGCUUUCUAGCAACAGUGGUUCUUAGUAUUUUCUGGAUAAAGAAUAAGAAUAAGAGAAUGCUUCAGAGUGACUACAUUAACAUGACUCGGAGGAGAAUGGUGCCUGCUCCCAAGUACUACCAGCCUUAUGCCCCAGCACGUGACUUUGCAGCCUAUCGCUCCUGA